GCAUCUCGAUCGGGGAUGAGCUUUAAACAUGAGAGCGUAACCUCUGGGUUGUGUUCCCUAUCAAAACAGUUUUGAUCUCAAAAAGCUCUUCCAGCAGCUGGUGUGUAUGAGGAGCAAAAGCGCAAAGCGAUUUACCUCGAUCAGGUAGUGAAGGAGGUGAAAGUAGGAGUGGAAGAGGGGGGGCAGUGGCUGGAUUUGCUGAAAGAAAACAAUAUGGCCGCGGUGGAGCUGGAAUGGAUCCCAGAGACCCUGUACAACACUGCUAUCUCAGCCGUGGUCGAUAACUACAGCCGAGCGCGACGGGACAUCCGCUCUCUGCCUGAAAAUAUACAGUUUGAUGUGUACUAUAAGCUUUACCAGCAAGGCCGGCUCUGCCAGCUGGGUGGGGAGUUCUGUGAGCUGGAGGUCUUCGCCAAAGUUCUCAGGGCCUCUGACAAAAGGCACCUCCUGCACCACUGCUUCCAGGCUCUGAUGGAUCACGGCGUGAAAGUCGCAUCAGUCCUGGCCAACUCCUUCAGCCGUAGAUGUUCAUACAUUGCAGAGUCUGAUGCGCAUGUAAAAGAGAAAGCUAUACAGUUCGGCUUUGUUUUAGGUGGCUUCUUAUCAGAUGCAGGCUGGUAUGGAGAUGCAGAGAAAGUCUUCCUGUCGUGCCUCCAGCUGUGCACACUACACGAUGAGGUUCUACACUGGUAUCGUGCGGUGGAGUGCUGUGUGAGGUUGCUUCAUGUGCGUAAUGGCAACUGCAAAUAUCACCUGGGAGAAGAAACUUUCAAGCUGGCCCAGUCUUACAUGGACAAACUAGCCAAACACGGCCAUCAGGCAAAUAAGGCUGCUCUGUAUGGAGAACUGUGUGCCCUGCUGUUUGCCAAAAGCCACUAUGAUGAGGCAUAUAGGUGGUGUAUAGAGGCUAUGAGGGAGAUCACAGUUGGCUUACCCGUGAAAGUAGUAGUUGAUGUUCUGAGACAAGCCUCUAAGGCUUGUGUUGUUAAGCGGGAGUUUAGGAAAGCUGAACAACUGAUAAAGCAUGCAGUGUUUUUAGCACGGGAGCAUUUUGGGCACAAGCACCCGAAAUACUCAGAUACACUACUAGAUUAUGGAUUUUACCUCUUAAAUGUGGAUAAUAUCUGUCAAUCAGUGGCUAUUUACCAGACUGCACUCGAUAUUCGGCAGUCAGUGUUCGGGGGAAAGAAUAUCCAUGUUGCCACGGCACAUGAGGACCUGGCCUACUCUUCCUACGUCCAUCAGUACAGUUCUGGUAAAUUUGACAAUGCACUAUUCCAUGCAGAACGUGCCAUAGACAUCAUAACUCACAUACUCCCUGAAGACCAUCUGCUGCUGGCCUCAUCCAAGAGGGUGAAAGCCCUGAUCCUGGAGGAGAUUGCCAUUGACUGCCAUAAUAAAGAAACGGAGGAACGUCUCCUGCAGGAGGCCCAUGAUCUGCACCUCUCCUCCCUCCAGUUGGCCAAAAAAGCCUUCGGAGAGUUUAACGUUCAGACGGCUAAACACUACGGCAACCUGGGUCGCCUCUACCAAUCCAUGCGCAAAUUCAAGGAGGCAGAGGAGAUGCACAUCAAGGCCAUUCAGAUCAAGGAGCAGCUGUUGGGGCAGGAGGACUAUGAGGUGGCACUGUCAGUGGGACACUUGGCCUCACUCUACAACUAUGACAUGAAUCAGUAUGAUGAUGCCGAGCGCCUCUACUUGCGCUCCAUUGCCAUUGGCAAGAAGCUGUUUGGGGAGGGUUACAGUGGACUGGAAUAUGACUACAGAGGCCUCAUAAAACUGUACAACUCCGUUGGAAACUACGAGAAGGUCUUUGAGUACCACAACAUUCUGUCCAACUGGAACCGUUUAAGGGACAGGCAGUUUGCCGUAGCUGACGCGCUGGAGGACGUCAACACGAGCCCCCAGGCCACAGAGCAGGUGGUGCAGUCUUUCCUGUUGUCCCAGAGCCACGGAGCAGGACGCUCCUGCUUGGGCUAAUGGCCGGAAUGCCCACUGCUCAGCUCACAUAGAUGGUCACACACACCCACCCUCAUUAUUACACACAUUCACACAGAUUUAUUUACAUGUAGUCAAGAAGGGCAGGGAGUGCUGUUAUCAAGAGCUUUUCAAGCUCGGACUUGACUGUCAGUUUGCUCGUACCAGCAUCUCCCCUCGCCUUGCUCAUUUACAUUAUAAUGGGAGAAAAAUCAUUCCACAUUUCCACUAACACGAUGGAUAAGCAACCAUUUGUCGAAUUUGAUUCUCUAAUGGCUGAAGACUUAAGAAAAACUAAGCAGUCCAACAUAGAGCUUUGCUCACGGAAAUGCCCUUUGAUUUUGUGUCACGUGUUUUUGAUUAUUGGAAUUUUAUUUACAUUUAUUUUGUAUCUAAUGGAGAGGCGCUCCACACUACAGGAAUAGUUUGUUGAUUACUGCAUCAUCUAUUUGUGGUGAACAUUGCUUUUUGCAGCACCCACUGAAUGAGAUUUGAUGGGAAAAGCACCAUCACUCCUAUAAAUGAGUGUGAACAUCCGUAAACAUACAUGUCCCCAUUAACACAAGGAUUAGAGGUUGACUUCAUGUAAUGCAAAGCUUUGCAUUGAGGAUUACCUGUGUGCUCUCUGGAAAAUGAGUCAUGUUACAUUAUGGACCAUUAUUUUGUUGUUUUGUUUUGUUUCCAUUUUUUUAUUAAUGAAUUCAUGUUAUCUAUGGACCAGUGGGUUUACAAUUGUUCUAGAUACCUUGUUUUAAUCUCUCUCUCUCUUCUGGUUUUGUAUUCCCUUAGUACUGACAUAGCUUAUUUUAAACUGCCAAUAAUUUAUAUGCAAGGUAUUCUACGAUUUGUAGGUGUAACAUUGCAAAUGGAUGAGCCAAAACGACUUCUGUUAAUAAUAAGUGAGACUACAGCUAACGUCUUUUGCCAUAACAAGUAAAUGGAGUGGGCGACAGGUUUGUGAAGCUGGCUUUCUUGCAGAGUGGAACCUUUUUAACACAACACAUUCACAUAAACACAAUAAGCUGGAGUGGUGGUAGCAACAGGAUCAGGUUUCCUAGGUCGUCAUUAUCCUUUCAGAGCUCAGCCCUUGGUGGCGGUGAUUAACACCCCUGGCCUGCUGCCAGCUGACUGGACACACAGAGGAAAGGGCUGAGCACAGCACCUGUCUUUGUGAAGAGGUACCACUGCAGGGGAACCAGUGGGAAUAGUUUGCAAGGGGAGCAAAUCAAUGCACAUUUGUAGUGCUGGUGCUUCUGAUAUUACGAUGAGGCUGAAAUAGAUAUUUGCUAAAUGCACCUGUACCACUGUUCUCCAAAUCCAAAUAUCUAUAAAAUCAUCACAGACUCAUAGAAAAGCUUUGCUCCGACUCAAAUUUAAAAGAUAAACAUUUCAAAUUAAGCCCCGGGAGUCACAGCUAGGCCUCUAGAGUGUGUUUCGUGGUCAUGCCAUCAAAAUAACAAAUGCUUAAUUGCAUAAUAUGACCACUCAUUAAAUUGGCAUUCCAUUAUGUCACCUCAUAGAACUCUCAUUGUUUUUGAAUCUAAAGAAACAAAGCAUUAACACAGGCUAGGAACCAUUGAGACCUAUAAUUUAGUAUGUGCUGUUAAAUGUCUUUUUGCCGCUUUGUGCACGCAAUGCCCCCAACCAUGGCAGCAGCUGAAGACCCAGCCUUAGACUUAAAGGGCUCUCAGCUGGUGAGGAUCUACUUUGUUAGCCUUGUCAAGAAGCUUGCUCCACCUGUGGCAUUUCGAAUACUGCAACGUUUCAGCUAGCCCCAUUUUAACUAAUAUACAGAGCAACAGAUCACCCAUGUGAGGGACAUUGUAAUGUAGUCACCUUCACUCCCAAGAAAUCCCUUCAUUGGCACAUAUAGAGGUUUAAUCUCAAAUAAUCCGAUUUCUCUUGUGUUCUCAAUACCAUAUAGGAGAAAUGAGGAAUCAGAAUGGAGUUAUAGGAAGGAGAAGAAUUUGCCUUGGUCAAAGAGAUGAAGAUGGAGUAACGGAAUAUUGUAACAAAUAAACUGUGAUCUUGAAAACUUUGUAAGUGCGUUUCAGUUGAAUGUUUGCCGUAAAUGGACUGAAUUAGUAGACUUCUCAAAUCAGAGGGUUUAGGUGAACCUCUAAACUAUGAACGUCAGCUGUGAAAAUAAAGCACAGAGAAGCGGAGUGGAUCAUGAUUGAAUUUACAACGUAGCUCUGAUUGCUUUCGUCUGUAUGUUGAUUUAAUGGGAUAGUUCACCCAAAAAUUACAAUUCUUAAAUCAUUUACUCACCCUUAUGACAUACCAGAUGACUUACUUUCUUCUGCAGAACUCAAAUUAAGAUAUUUAUAAGAAUAUUUCAGCUCUUUUGGUCCAUACCAUGCAAGUGAAUGGGUGGCAAAAUUUUGCAAAAAAUCACAUAAAUUAUCAUAAAAGUAAUCCAUAAGACUCCAGUGGUUAAAUCUAAUGUCUUCAGAAGCGAUAUGAUAGUUGUAGGUGAGAAACAGAUCAAUAUUGAAGUCCCUUUUUACUAUAAAUUCUCCACCCUGCUCAGUCAGUCUCCACUUUAACAUUCUUCUUGUGUUUUUGGUGAUUCACGUUCUUCAUGCAUAUUGCCCCCUACUGGGCAAGGAGAAACAUUUCUAGCAAAAAAGGACAAGGAAUUGAUCUGUUCUCAACCACACCUACCAUACCACACCUACCAUAUCACUUCUAAAUAUGGAAUGAAACACUGAAGUCAUAUGGAUUACUUUUAUGUGCUUUUUGGAGCAUCGAAAUGUUGGUAUUAAUUCACUUGCAUUGUAUGAACCUACAAAGCUGGGAUAUUAAUCUAAACAUUUUAAUUUGUGUUCUGCAGAAAAAAAGAACAUACACAUCUAGGAUGGCAUAAGGGUGAGUAAAUGAGAUAAUUUAAAUUUUUGGGUGAACUAUCCCUUUUAAGGGCUCAUUUGUCAACCUCAAUUGGCAUUUCAUGGUUGGAAACAUAAAUUGGUGAUAGACAUUGAGGAGCUAUCAAAAUUUUGAGACUGUUAUUGAUCAGAAUGGGCUGCAAUCCCCUGGAACAAAGUGCUUUUUGGUCAAACGUUCUCUUUGCAUGUUUAAGUAAUUAUGUGUACAUAGAUAUAGAUGCAUAGCUACAAGUGUUUAAUGUCUCGGUGAGCUUCAUUGUGAUGUACACACAAAAAAUACACGUGUUGUUGCUCAGAGCAGUUAAUACUGUAAAUACCCCAGGGAUUGAUAUUCAUUAAAAAAAAACUUUGCUAUUACAAAGUGUUGAAUUGAUCAUGGAAAUUAAUGAAGAGUAUCCUCUGACAAAAAAGGCAAUCAAUCAAUGCGCUAAAUAAAUAACAGAACAUGUCGGCUUUGUUAUACACAGGACAUGCAGUGCUGUGCAAAAGUUUUAGGCACUUGGAAAAAGUUUUGCAUAGUGAGGAUGUCUUCAUAAAUAAUUUUAAUUUGUCAAUUAAUGUCAUACAAAGUCCAGUAAACAAAAACAAAAAAACUAAAUCAAUGUUUGGUGUGACCACUUUUACCUUCAAAACAGCACCAUUUCUCCUAGGUCACAUCUGGACACAGUUUUUCUUGGUUGUUGGCAGAUAGGAUGUCCCAAGCUUAUUGGAGAAUUUGCCACAGUUGCUUCUGUCUCUUAUUGUAAUCCCAGAUGGACUCAAUAUUCAGUGGUGGGCUUUGCAAGGGCCAUGACAUCUGUUGCAGGGCUCCCUGUUCUUCUAUUCUAUUUGCAAAAUAAAUGUUUGGAAGACAAAAAUGUAUAUUACCUAUUGACACACUAAAGCUGAAAAUAUAAAUAACUAUCUUAAGACAAAAGUUUUUAUGAAACAUCUUAUGUCUUUUACACAGUACUGUACUAAAGCUGUUGAACUUCAUCUCUCACUGAAACCCUGAGCUGUCCUUCAAAGCCUGACCUCAGAGAGUUGGAGAAUUAAAUUACGGGUUGAAAAAGGGAUUACUAACUAUGGAGAUGCUCACUGUAUGAAACGGCGUUCAUCAUAGUGAAUACUGAGUGAUAAAGAGGGGCCUUUUUUAACAAUGCUGAUUAUCUUAAUGAAAUCCUCACAUUCAUUUGUUUGCAAUGUGUGUAUGCAGUCAUGCAUAGUUUGCGAUUUAGCCAAAGUGCUGUUUCAGAUUACUCAUUCUACUAUUGCAUCGGAGUGGUAUUCUGAGCAUCAGAUAGGAGGAUGAGGAUCCUAAGUGGAUUUGAGCUCAUGAUUUUGUUUUAAAUAGCUGUUUGAGUCUGAAUAUCCAUUCAAGACACUCUAGAAGUGUUUUUGAUUAAGUCCAAUGAAAAAGCAAAGGAAAGUAAUUGUGUUGUUAAAUUGAAACUGACUGUUACCCUAGAAAUGUCAGUAACCUGUGCCACAGCGAGUCUCUGCUUGGAUACUCUUCAUGUAGGGUUUAUUCAUUGGCUGUAUGUAACUCACACUUCAGUAGAGUCUGCUGUACUUUGUACAUCUGUAAUCACCAAAUCAUUAUUAAACUCAUUUGUAUCCACGAUUGUGAAGAUAUGUAACCACUUCAAACACAAAAAACAAUGUAGAGCUGUCUAAUAGACUACAAUGAGCAAUAUUGCUUUUGAAGUAUUAAAUGCUUUAUUUCUUGCCUUUAAGUUGAUAAUUCUCCACCUGUUCUUGAAUUCAGUAUGAUGUUAAAAGUCCAUGACUUGAAUGAAUGCAACAGAAGAUCCUACAGCAACCACAGUAUUGUGUGGAUUAGUGGCUGAACCCAAAAAAAGAAGAAUAAAAGACUAU